CGGAUAUUUUGUUGAACCACUGCAAUAAUACAAAACUACAAACACUGUCCCUCACUUGCGUUUACGGUAGAGAAACGAUCUGUCCUAACUCGACAAAAGCAAAGAAGCGGCAAGAUCUUUGAGCUCUGAAGCGAUAGGAACAAAUACUCAAAAUCGCAAUGGGGGAAGGCAACUUGUCGUUUCGCCGUCUCACCAGCAUCCGCCACCGAAAGAAGCGCACUGCGGCGAAGGAUGAAGCAGAGAGUAGCCUCAUCUCGUCUUCACCGCCUCCUACGCCGAUCACUCCAGCUGCGGUUGUCGGGAAGGGGAAGAAGAAAGCUAUAGGAGCGAGGUUGUGGAUGAGGUUUGAUCGGACUGGAGCUAUGGAAGUGGUGGAAUGCGACAAGAGUACCAUCAUCAAACGUGCUUCUGUCCCCGCUAGAGAUCUCAGGAUUCUUGGCCCUGUCUUCUCCCACUCUUCUAACAUUCUUGCGAGGGAGAAAGCUAUUGUUGUGAACUUAGAAGUCAUAAAGCUAAUAGUCACCGCUGAAGAAGUGCUUCUCUUGGAUCCUCUCCGUCCUGAAGUUCUCCCAUUCGUUGAACGACUCAAGCAACAGUUUCCUCAGAGUACUGAUGCUUCUGAAAACGUUGUGCAAUCCUCUGUUCUUGAUCAUGAAGCCGGAGAGGGUUUGCAGUGUGAGCUUCCUUUUGAGUUCCAGGUUCUCGAGAUUGCGCUAGAGACUGUCUGUUCGUUUCUUGAUACUAGUGUCGAUGCACUUGAGACAGAAGCUUGGCCUGUUCUUGAUGAACUAACCAAGAAUGUCAGUACCGAGAAUCUUGAAUACGUUCGAAGCUUGAAAAGCAAUCUCACCCGCUUGCUAGCCCGUGUACAGAAGGUGAGAGAUGAAAUCGAACAUUUGUUAGAUGACAACGAAGACAUGGCAGACUUAUACUUAACAAGGAAAUGGAUCCAGCAGAACCAGCAAUCUGAAGCAGAACUUGGAGAGACAGCAUCAAACCUUCUUAGCCGGGUCACAUCAAACAGAAGCUCCAGUAUGGUGACGAGUAGUACGAAGGACGACGACGUGGAGGAUCUAGAGAUGUUGCUGGAGGCAUACUUCAUGCAACUAGAGGGGAUGCGGAACAGGAUACUUACGGUGAGGGAGUACAUUGACGACACAGAAGACUACGUGAACAUACAACUUGAUAAUCAAAGAAACGAAAUGAUCCAGCUGCAGCUGACGCUGACCAUAGCCUCGUUUGCGAUCACUGCAAACACAUUGUUGGUAAGUUUGUUCGGAAUGAACAUACCGUGUCCGUUGUAUAAGAUGGAUGAUGUCUUUGGUUACUUUUUGUCGAGUGUUAUUGCAGUAUGCCUUGUGAUUUUCAUGCUCACCCUUGGUUACGCCUGGUGGAAGAAGCUGCUUGGCUCGUAAUCACUCUUUUUUCACUUGUGUAAUCAAAACAAAACCCAUUGCCACAUGUUUAAUAUAUAUGCAACAACCAUAUAUACAGUGAAAAUUAUAAAUGAACAGUAUCAAAAUUAUAAAAAAUUGUUCAGUAAA